UUUCCUUGUCUUGGAAAGAAGGCGGUAGGGGCAGAACUGGGGUGAUUUGGGGUGUAGAAGAAGGGAGAAAAGCAGGGGCCUAGAGGAACGGGCUUUCUGGCACUGAUCUGAUUUGUGGCAGCUUUAGGCUCCCAUGGGGUCUAAAGCCCCGGCUUCCCUCGGUCUCUCGGGGAACACCUACAGCAGGGAUGCUGCUGUUGCCAGGCGAUGGGAUAUACAGGUCCUCUGUGGCUCUGGCAGGUGGCAGCUAAGUUGCUAAGGGUGAUGACACAGUGCUGGGGUGGGGGGAUCCCAGGGGAAGGGGAAGGGAAAGUUCUUUGCGUGAGCCAGGGGACCCAGAAGCUGCUCAGAGUCAGCUCACAGAGUGGCCUUGACCAUUGGCUGGCUCAGGUGUCCUGUUCUCUGACCCCUGAACCUGCAUCCCACCCCCAGCCUAACGGCAAGCAGCUGUGUCUUCGCCACCUGCACUUUGAUGCCUUUGCCAAGCCGGAAAGGGUACCCUGCCUCUGGGGUGCCUCAGCCAUGACAGGUGACGACUCCAUCAGCACCUUGGGCCUGAUCCUCUGCGUGGGGCUCUCGCUGCUGCUCGUGUCCAUCCUGGGCUACAGCCUGGCCAAGUGGUACCAGCGCGGGUACUGCUGCGAGGGGCCUAACUUUGUCUUCAACUUGUACCAAAUCCGGAACCUGAAGGAUCUGGAGGUGGGGCCACCCUACACCAUCAGUGGCCACAUCAGCAGUCCAGGUGGCAGCUACAUCAAGUUCUCCGACAGGCUAGUCUGAUGGCAGGGGGAGUGUCAGCUUUCUGGAGCCCCAGCGAGGAAGAAGCUCCCAGCUCAGCACCUUCCCCUCACGGGCUCCCCCGCUUUCACCUCCUGGGUUUUCAAGGCCUGGCCUGGACCUCUUCUGUGGACACUGAGGAGGCUUCUCUGGGGACAGCACCAGCCUGUGGCAUCAGAGCCCUCAGGAGAGGCAGGCCUCUGGGGACCAAGUCUGGUGAAGUCACAGUGGCUUUCUUACAGAAAAAAUGAGUCGGCCAUUCCCCAGGGAGGAGGGGCUGGUUCCCAGGAGGCCCCUGAGCCUGUGGGAGGAGUUCCAGGGACCCUGGAAAGCAGAGCCCUCCCAACUCUGCUCCAUGUGGGCAGGGCCUGGAGACUCCAAAGGGGGGCUCUACAUGGGGGCGUCCCCUCUCACUUCCCCUGCAGGGCUGACACCGGGGCCAGAAAACCUGUCAUAUCCUCAGCAGACAAAGUCGUGUGGGAGGGAGGUGUUUCCAGAUGCUUUUUAACCUUCCUACCAGAAGCUAGCCUCCCCUAAGAGCCGAGGGCUGAGCUUAGGCCUUUACUCUGCCCUGCCCCCCACUGCACUUGUGGCACUUUCAUCAGUCCGGCCCCUCCCAGCUCCGUGCCCUCGCACACACUUGUCCCCCACCUGGGUCUGUUCUCCCUGCUGCUGACCAGCCUCUAUGCCUCCCAAGUAACUCAGGGCAGGGCUGAGAAUGGUCUAGAGUCACCUUCUUGUUUUCAGGUUUUGCGAUGGGUGGGCAUUUGUGGAGACCUCUGUCUCCAGAGUUCUGCGUUUCCUGGGCAAGGCCUGCCUUGUGAUGUGGAAAGUGGACCAGAAGUGGUGAGAGUGGGGAAGAGGAACCUAGAUUAGGCUAAAAAAAAGAAAAAAAAAAAACAAACCCAAAAAAAACAACAGCCAGUUAAUGUCCAUGGGAAAUCAAGAACCAAGUAUAGCUUGGUGGACAGCAGAAGAGUUUGCCCAUGAGUCAUCACUUCUUCCUCUGGUCUGUGCCCUGCUGGACCCGAGGUGGGGCCCCAAACUGGAUGUCAGCUUGGUGGGUGCUUACCGCAGAGCUGUUCAGUGCAGAGAGACUGAGGUCUUAGUCUCCGAACUCUUCGUCUCCGACCGAUGGAGCAGGGCCUUAGAGGGGCCCUGCGCCUGUUGCAAACUGCACUUAGAACCACCAGCCAUGGGUCUUCCUGCUGAGGUCCCAGCAACAAGGCCGACAAGCUGCAGAGGCCCGGGGCAGUGAUAGGCCAAGGGCAGAGACGUCCUAUCCUUUGUCAUCUUAGCCUCUCUUUCUCGCUUUGGGUUCUAGCCGGUUGCCAAGGAAGGAGCGAAGGAAAGGCCUUAACCAGUUCCUAUCCCCUUACUUUCCCCCAGGGUCUGGGGGCCUUGCUCCCAACAUAACCAGACUCAAACUUAAUAAACUGGGGCUUCACCUGGGCCCCAGCCUUCCAUUCCUGAGUAGGUCGUUGGGUGGUGGUGGUGGAGGAAGAGCUCCCAGUGGCUCUAGGUCCCUCCCUUCCUUGAAGACCUAUUAGGAGAGGAGAGGGGAGGGGACAUGGACUGACUUUGGUGUCCUUCCUUGGAUUUCAGAGUUCAGAGGGCUGAGUGCCAUUUCUUAACCCAGGGGGUCCAGCCUCCAUAAACUCUACCUUGAGCCCUGCUCAGCAUGGAUCCUGGGUCCAUAGCCCAGGCCUGGCUGCCCUAGGCCCUGAAAGUGCUCAGAACUCAGCGCCCUUGGGGAAAGCUGGAAGGAUGGGGUCCUGGGUCGAGGUGGUCUUAGCCCCUGGUUUGGUGGCUUCAGGUGAGGAGAUAGGGACAGCUGCCAAGGGGCUGGGAGAAUGGAGGGUAUUUCCUACCCUUGGGAGCGGAACUGAGACUGGGCCACUUCCUCUUUUAAGGUCCUCUGACGUGUCCCUGUCCCCCCUCGUUCCUCUUCCUCCCCCUCGCUUUCCUGACUUCCGUUGUCUGACUGGCCAGCACAGCUUUCUUCAUUCGCCCUGGGCCCCAGGCCCUACCCUAGGACUCCAAGGCUGUUGUUGGGGGCAGAUUCCAGCACCGUCAGAAAUGGUGAGGGAACAUAGGCCUAGAAGUCUGGCUACAGGUCUAGUUGGUCUGGAACUGGCUGGGCUCCCGAACCAUGGUGAGCUGGGGGCCCUCCUGGAACCUCCCCCUCCUCUUAACUGUUCUUCACUUCACUGGCCCCAGGAGCCAGGAGGCGGUCAUGAAAGCCAACAGUUCCCUGAGCCGGCCGUUCCCAGCCCCACUGCCACCCUGGUGCUCUUUGGCAUCUCUGCCAGGACUGUUCUGCCUGGGAUGGCUUCACCCCCCACCCCAACCCCUCCGAGCCACAUCUACUCUCCAGGGCUGGCUCAAGUCUCAUCUGCCCUGUGGCUUCCCUCAGGACUUAGACUUGCUGCCACCCAACCAGGACGAGCCCUUGGGGGCAGGGGGUUACAUCCCAUGGGUGGGUUGGUUUGUUGGUCUAUCUAUCUAUUUAUUAUCUAUCUAUCUGUCUAUCUAUAUA